AAGAGUUUGACAAUGUUCCAGUUGAUAGCCACACCUUCAAAUGCCCUGGCGGAUGAGCCCGUGUCCAUCCGAGCAAUAGGCCUUCCUCCAUCGCAGAUAGUGACCAUCAAGGCGACAGUGAAAGAUGAGAAGGACAAUCUGUUCCAAUCCCAAGCCUUCUACAAGGCUAACGAGGCUGGUGAGGUGGACGUGGAGCAGGCAUCGGCCUUGGGGGGUGACUACGUAGGGGUCCACCCAAUGGGCCUCUUUUGGUCUCUGAAACCCAAGAAGGCUUUCCACAGGCUGGUCAAGAAAGAUGUGAUGAACACCCCCCUUCGAAUCUGUCUGGAACUGUACGACUCUAUUUGCUUGCAAGAUACAGUCAGAAUUCCACCCAAGGCCAGCCAGACAGUGCAGCGCUGGUUUGUUGGUCCUGGGGUUAAGCGGGAGCAGAUCCGAGAAGGUCGAGUACGGGGAGCCCUUUUUCUCCCUCCAGGGGAAGGUCCUUUCCCAGGAAUUAUUGAUUUGUUUGGGUUCACUGGGGGUCUAGUUGAAUUUCGAGCCAGUCUUUUGGCUUCCCAUGGCUUUGCAGUGCUGGCAUUAGCGUAUUUCGCCUAUGAAGACCUACCUGAGGAACUGCUAGAGGAGGACUUGGACUAUUUUGAGGAAGCUGCCAACUUCCUACUAGCUCACCCCAAGAUCCAACAGCCAGGAAUUGGUGUGAUCUCCAUAAGCAAAGGAGCAGAGAUUGGACUGGCCAUGGCCUGUUAUCUGAAGCAGGUGGCUGCCACAGUCUGCAUAAACGGGCCCAGCACCAUCUUAGACUUUCCACUAAGAUACCGGGAUCUGGUGGUGACACCCAUCAGACUGGCUCUGGAAAAGACCCAAGUCCAUGUUUCAGGGGCUUUAUGCCUCCGUCACUGUAUAGAUGAUCUCCAGAAUAAGCUGAAGCCACAGAAUAUACUUCCAGUGGAAAAGGCCCAAGGGAAGAUCCUCUUCAUUGUGGGAGAGAAUGAUGAAUGCUUGGAUGGCAAGUCACAUGCACAGAGGGCCAUGGACCAGCUCCGGAGUCACGGGAGAAGCAGUGCAAGGAUGCUGGCAUACCCUGGGGCAGGACACUUCAUAGAUCCUCCUUACUCUCCCUUUUGCAUAGCCUCCUGGCACCCUUUCUUUGGUAGACCAAUGCUUUGGGGAGGAGAUCCUGUUGCUCAUGCAGCAGCCCAGGAACACUCCUGGAGAGAAAUCCAAAAGUUCUUCAGGCAACACCUCCUUCAGUCCAGAAGCAACUCUAAAUAG